CGCGGCCGUUCCGGGCGGUGCGGGAGCCAUGGGGGUGACGCGGCAGAAACACGCCAAGAAGAUCAUGGGCUUCUACAAGCACAGCUUCCAGUUCCGCGAGCCCUUCCAGGUGCUGCUGGACGGCACCUUCUGCCAGGCCGCGCUCCGCAACAAGAUCCAGAUCCGGGAGCAGCUGCCCGGGUACCUGGGCGGCGCCGCUCAGCUCUGCACCACGCGAUGUGUUAUAAAAGAACUGGAAUCAUUGGGGAAAGCACUGUAUGGAGCAAAAUUAAUUGCCCAGAGAUUUGAAGUUCGAAAGUGUUCUCACCACAAAGAUCCUGUGAGUGGUUCCACCUGUUUACUUUCCAUGAUUGAAGACGGCAACCCUCAUCACUUCUUUAUUGCUACACAGGACCAGGACUUAUCAAACAAAGUGAAAAAGAAGCCUGGUGUUCCUCUCCUCUUUAUUAUUCAGAACACGAUGGUGUUAGACAAACCUUCUCCUAAAUCUUUGGCAUUUGUUCAAAAGUUGCAGACAAACCAGCUUGUUCCAGAGUACCAAAAACAAAGUAUUGUGGAGCUUAAAGAAAAAGAAGGACUAGCAAAGCAAGAAGGUGAAAAGAGGAGAAAACGCAAAAGGGCAGGUGGCCCCAAUCCGCUCAGCUGUCUGAAGAAAAAAAAGAAGAAAACACAGGAGGAUCAAGAACCUUCUGCUCAAAAGAAGAAAAGAAGAAAAAGAAAGCGAAAUAGAGUUAAAGCAGAAGCCGUGCCGGCAGUGCAGAAGAAUGAAGGAGAAUAAGCCCAUCUAUGUAAACAACACAGGGCUUGAACACGGUUUGAACUUUGCAAAAAGAAAGAUUAUUAUGCAGUCACGUGAAAUUGAGUUGUUAAUAUUAAAACUUACUUUUUUUAGGUGGUCUGCUUGUUACUGUAUCUUACAAUUUGCGGGAUUGUCCUAAUAAUUUGUUCUGUUAUUUAGUAAUUGGGUUUGUGACAAAAUAUUGAGGAACCCUCAUGUUUCAUUAUUCUCUCCAGCAUCUUGGUUCCUGUCAGAAUUCACAUGAUAUGUAGCAAUUCUUUAGAAAUGCUUCUUGGCUUCCAUAUGGAUUUUGGUGGGACAUUAGACUUCUUUCUAAAUCAAGGUUGCUAUUCUUAUUAAGACUAGUUUUGACAAUUAGUCUGUUAGAUAAUAUGAAAUUGACCUAAAAUAACACUUAUUUAUCCUUAUUGUUUGAAUACAAAAGUUAACUCUUGCAAAGUGACCAGGCGCCUUCAGAAGUCACAUCCAGACUGAAUUACUCUGUAAAUGCCAUGUGGACCUAUAUGUCUGUUGUUCUUGAUCUUCAUUUAUUAAGAAGAUCACAGAGGUGCAAUUGUGUUGAUAUUUCUGAAAAUAUAAUGGCAUCUCUGGUC